CACGCGAGAGACAGCUGAACUCCGGCCGGGACGCGGGUGCCGCCUGUCCAGCCCUGCGCUGCGUCCCCUGAGGGCGGGCUGCAGGCGGCCGGGAAGCCUUGCACAACCGGCCUGAAAGAGGAAGCCCAGAAAGUGCUGAAGUAAACACUUAGGCAGACUGUUGCAACAUAAAUCGGCCUUUCUCUCUGGUGGAACCAUCGCUUGGCCCCAAGUCCCUUAGACCCUCAUGCGUUGAGGCUGCAAAAUGGGUCGAUUCGCCAGGAGACGUUCCUGAGAGAAGGGCGCGCACGGCACAGGGGCCCUCCUUGCACCUCGAAGCAAAGCAGAUCGGAUAGAGCCACACGUCUGCACGCUGCGUGGGAAGGGCAGGGCUGACAGCACUUCCUCCCCGGGGCAGCGACCUGGAGCCCGGGUACGGCCGCCUGCACUGCGCGUCGCUUUCGCGGCCCGAGCCCCGCCGCCUUCCCACACCCCCGCCGCGCCCCGCAGAGCCGUCGAGAUGGGUGAGUCAAGUGAAGACAUAGACCAAAUGUUCAGCACUUUGCUGGGAGAAAUGGAUCUUCUGACCCAGAGUUUAGGAGUUGACACUCUCCCUCCUCCUGACCCUAAACCGCCCAGAGCUGAAUUUAACUACAGUGUGGGGUUUAAAGAUUUAAAUGAGUCCUUAAAUGCACUGGAAGACCAAGAUUUAGAUGCUCUCAUGGCAGAUCUGGUAGCGGACAUAAGUGAGGCUGAGCAGAGGACAAUCCAGGCACAGAAAGAGUCCUCACAGAACCAACACCAUUCAGCAUCUCUACAGGCAUCAAAUUUCAGCGGUGCAGUCCCUCUUGAUUAUGGAACAAAUGUUGCUGCCAUUGGUAUCAGCCAAUAUAAAGAAGACUUACCACCUCCACCAGCUGAUCCUGUGUUAGAUCUUCCAUUGCCACCGCCACCUCCUGACCCUGUCUCUCAGGAAGAAAAGGAAGCCCAAGCUAAGGCUGAUAAAAUCAAGCUGGCGCUGGAAAAACUGAAGGAGGCCAAGGUUAAGAAGCUCGUCGUCAAGGUGCACAUGAAUGAUAACAGCACGAAGUCACUGAUGGUGGAUGAGCGACAGCUGGCCCGAGAUGUUCUGGACAACCUUUUCGAGAAAACUCACUGUGACUGCAAUGUAAAUUGGUGUCUUUAUGAAAUAUACCCAGAACUACAAAUUGAGAGGUUUUUUGAAGACCAUGAAAAUGUUGUUGAAGUCUUAUCAGACUGGACAAGAGACACAGAAAAUAAAGUACUAUUUCUGGAGAAAGAAGAGAAAUAUGCUGUAUUUAAAAACCCCCAGAAUUUCUACUUGGAUAACAGAGGAAAAAAAGAAAGCAAGGAAACUAGUGAGAAAAUGAAUGCUAAGAACAAGGAAUCCUUACUUGAGGAAAGUUUCUGUGGAACAUCUGUCAUUGUACCAGAACUGGAAGGAGCUCUUUAUUUGAAAGAAGAUGGAAAGAAAUCCUGGAAAAGGCGCUAUUUUCUUUUACGGGCUUCUGGAAUUUAUUAUGUACCCAAAGGAAAGACUAAGACAUCUCGAGAUCUGGCAUGUUUUAUACAGUUUGAAAAUGUCAACAUUUACUACGGGACUCAGCAUAAAAUGAAAUAUAAAGCACCCACUGACUACUGCUUUGUUUUAAAGCACCCCCAAAUUCAGAAGGAGUCCCAGUAUAUCAAGUAUCUCUGCUGUGAUGACGCAAGAACCCUUAACCAGUGGGUCAUGGGAAUACGGAUAGCCAAGUAUGGGAAGACUCUCUAUGAUAACUACCAGCGGGCCAUGGCAAAGGCUGGACUUGCCUGUCGGUGGACAAACUUGGGGACAGUCAAUGCCGCUGCACCAGCUCAGCCAGCCCAGCUGUCUACAGGACCUAAAACAGGCACCCCCCAGCCCAAUGGACAGAUGCCUCAGGCUGCACAUUCUGUCAGUGCUGUUCUCCAAGAGGCCCAGACACAUGCUGAAACAUGGAAGGAUAAGAAAUCAGCCCUCGGGAACCACCCCCAGCCCGGAACGCCUCGGGCUCCGCAGGCCCCCAAGUCCAGCCUUCCACCUCCCCCUCCGAUGCGGCGGUCCUCCGACACCAGCGGCAGCCCCGCCACGACCCCCAAGGCCAAGGGCACGGGCGGCGGGGGCUUCCUCGCCCCGCCCAUCGACUUCCUUCCGCCGCCGCCGCCGCCGCCGCCACCCAUGGACGACCUCGAGCUCCCGCCGCCACCCCCGGACUUCAUGGAGCCGCCCCCGGACUUCGUGCCCCCGCCCCCGCCGUCGUGUGCAGGACCCGCGGGCUCAGAGCUGCCCCCGCCACCGCCGCCGCCGCCCGCGCUCGCCCCCGAUUCCGCCAGGCCGCCCCCCGCGGUCGCCAAGAGACCUCCUAUGCCCCCCAAGAGGCACGAGAACCCAGCGCCCCCCGGCGGGGCAGGUGGCGGGGAGCAAGAUUUCAUGUCAGACCUCAUGAAAGCUUUGCAAAAGAAGAGAGGCAACGUGUCCUAGGGACGGGCACAGUGAGUGUGCCAGAGGGAGACGCAUCGGUGACCCCCCAGUGCAGGUUUUGCUAGAUUUCCCUCACAUCUUGUUCAUUUCAGAUAAAAUGUGAUGGGAAACUUCUCACUGUUGUGCUCAAGUACAGCCAUAACCAUUAACCCAAUCGAAUUCAGAAUAUCUGCUCAAAUGUACAUAUCGCUCCUAUGUAUUUUCACCUAAAUGGAAUGUAUCUUCCCUUCCAAGUUACCUAAAGUGCUGUUUUAGUUUCAUUUAUUUUAUUAUGUUCAGAAGUAUGAAAUGAAUAAAAGUUAAACAUUUUUCCUGA